CCGGCUCCCAUUCGGCGUGCGGCCAUGGCGGCGCUGAGGCUGACGGUGGACGCUGGGGCCCUCCCUCUGGGAGCUUUGUUGACCGUUGAGCAUGUGAAGACAAAUGUCAAAGUUUCAGUUGAACAAGGGAAAGAGAACAUCCUUCGUGUUUCCGACAAUGUUACCUUCACCGAUGUGAAUUCCAUAGUUCGUUACUUAGCUAGAGUGGCAGCUUCAACUGGAUUGUAUGGCUCGAACCUGAUGGAACAUACUGAGAUUGACCACUGGCUUGAGUUCAGUGCUACAAAAUUAUCUACCUGUAAAUCAUUUGAUACGGCAAUCAACGAGCUCAAUCAUUCCCUCUCUCUGCGAACUUACUUGGUUGGAAAUUCUCUGAGUUUAGCAGAUUUGUGUGUCUGGGCCACCCUUAAAGGAAAUAAUACCUGGCAGGAGCAACUGAAGCAGAACAAGGCUCCGGUUCACGUGAAACGCUGGUAUGGCUUUCUUGAGGCCCAGCAUGCCUUUCAGUCAGUGGGUUCCAAAUGGAAUGCCACUGCUGCUGAGCCCAAGACUAGAGGGGCAACUGAAAAGAAGCAGGAUGUUGGGAAAUUCAUCGAGCUCCCAGGAGCAGAGAUGGGGAAGGUUAUUGUCAGGUUCCCUCCAGAAGCAAGUGGUUACUUACAUAUUGGGCAUGCCAAAGCUGCUCUGUUAAACCAGCACUACCAAAUUAACUUUAAAGGGAAACUGAUCAUGAGAUUUGAUGACACAAAUCCUGAAAAGGAAAAGGAAGAUUUUGAAAAGGUAAUCUUGGAGGAUGUUGCAAUGCUGCAUAUCAACCCAGAUCAGUUUACUUAUACUUCAGACCAUUUUGAAACAAUAAUGAAAUAUGCAGAGAAACUUAUUCAGGAAGGGAAAGCUUAUGUGGAUGAUACCCCUGCAGAGCAAAUGAAAGCGGAAAGGGAGCAGAGGACAGAAUCUAAACACCGAAAAAACUCUGUCGAGAAGAAUCUACAGAUGUGGGAAGAAAUGAAAAAAGGAACUCAGUUUGGUCAGACUUGUUGCUUACGAGCAAAAAUUGACAUGAAUAGUAAUAAUGGGUGCCUGAGGGACCCUACUCUUUACCGCUGCAAAAUCCAACCACAUCCGCGUACAGCAAGUAAAUACAACAUUUACCCCACAUAUGAUUUUGCGUGCCCCAUCGUCGACAGCAUUGAAGGGGUUACUCAUGCUUUAAGGACAACAGAAUACCAUGACAGGGAUGAACAGUUCUACUGGAUCAUUGAAGCUCUGGGCAUAAGAAAACCAUAUAUUUGGGAGUAUAGUCGUCUAAACCUAAACAACACUGUUCUGUCGAAAAGAAAACUUACGUGGUUUGUCAAUGAAGGACUAGUUGAUGGAUGGGAUGACCCAAGGUUUCCAACAGUACGCGGUGUGCUUAGGAGAGGGAUGACAGUCGAAGGGCUGAAACAGUUCAUUGCUGCUCAAGGCUCCUCUCGGUCAGUUGUGAACAUGGAAUGGGAUAAGAUUUGGUCAUUUAACAAAAAGGUUAUAGACCCCAUAGCUCCUCGGUAUGUUGCUCUCCUGCAGAGCGAAGUAGUCCCAGUGAACAUUCCUGAAGCUCAGGAGGAGAUAAAGGAAGUGGCCAAACAUCCGAAGAAUCCUGAUGUUGGCUUGAAACCUGUGUGGUAUGGUCCCAGGGUACUCAUUGAAGGAGCCGAUGCGGAGACCUUGUCAGAGGGAGAAACCGUUACCUUCAUAAACUGGGGUAACAUCGAUAUCACUAAAAUUCACAGAAAUCCUAAUGGGAAAAUUGUGUCCCUUGAUGGAAAGUUGAACUUGGAGAACAAGGACUACAAGAAAACCACUAAGAUUACCUGGUUAGCAGAGACUCCUCUGGCUUUGCCCAUCCCUGCUGUCUGUGUUAAUUAUGAACAUCUGAUCACUAAACCAGUCUUAGGCAAAGAUGAAGAUUUCAAGCAGUAUGUGAACAAGAAUAGCAAGCAAGAAGAACUUAUGCUGGGGGAUCCUUGCCUUAAGGACUUGAAAAAAGGAGAGAUAAUUCAGCUGCAAAGAAGAGGGUUUUUCAUUUGUGAUCAGCCAUAUGAGCCCAUUAGCCCUCACAGUUGUAAAGAAGCUCCCUGCAUUUUGAUCUAUAUCCCUGAUGGACACACAAAGGAAAUGCCAACGUCUGGUUCAAAGGAAAAGACCAAGGCAGAAACAACAAGGAAUGAGGCACCUCCUGCUAUCAAAGGAAAGUCUGUGGCAGUUGUAACUCCUACUACAGAUGAGAGUCCUCUAGACCUCUACAACAAAGUUUUUUCUCAAGGGGAGGUAGUUAGAGAGUUGAAAGCCAAGAAGGCAGCAAAAGAAGAUGUUGAUACUGCUGUAAAACAACUCUUGGCUCUGAAAUCUGAAUAUAAGAUGAAAACCGGCCAGGAAUAUAAACCUGGCAGUCCUCCAUCAACAGUGCAAGUACAAGAUGCUGCCCCCAAGUCUCUGGAUAGUAAAUCUCUUUAUGAUAAAGUUGCUGAGCAAGGGGAGGUGGUCCGGAAACUCAAAGCUGAAAAAGGUUCUAAGGAUCAGGUAGAUGCAGCUGUGAAAGUGCUUCUAAGUCUCAAGGCAGAAUAUAAAGAAAAGACAGGCCAGGAAUACAAACCUGGGAACCCACCCGCAGCCUCUCCGCUUUGCACAUCAUCAUCUCCCAGCCUUACCCCCUCUCCACCCUGCAACAGUGCAGCAUUUUCUAAUUCAGCAGACAGCAGAGCAUAUUACGAUAAAGUAGCCGAACAGGGUGAAGUGGUCCGUAGACUCAAAGCUGAAAAAGCCUCGAAGGAUCAAGUGGAUGAAGCCGUAAAACUAUUACUGUCUCUGAAAGCGGAGUAUAAAGAAAAGACUGGUCAGGAAUACAAGCCCGGGCAACCACCGGCACUCCAGACUUCUGUUCCAGGUCCAGCCAAAAGUGUAGAAGUCAGUGGUCCUGAUACCCCUGAAGCUAAAGCUCUGUUUAACAAGGUGGCUUCUCAAGGAGAAGAAGUUCGGAAACUGAAAGCUGAAAAAGCUUCCAAGGAUAAGAUAGAUGCAGCUGUUCAGGAACUCCUUCAGCUGAAGGCCCAGUAUAAAUCUCUGACAGGCAUGGACUAUAAACCAGUCACUUCCAUUGGUACUGAAGACAAAGAUAAGAAGAAGAAAGAGAAAGAGAAUAAAUUUGAAAAGCAGAAUAAGCCUCAGAAACAGAAUGAUGGUCCAAAGAAAGAAUCUGCAAAAGACCAAGGCAGUGGGCUGUCAUCAGGGGGACCCGGAGAUGGUCAAGGACCUAAGAAACAGACAAGAUUGGGUCUAGAGGCAAAAAAAGAAGAAAAUCUUGCAGAGUGGUUUUCUCAGGUCAUUACAAAAUCAGAAAUGAUUGAGUACUAUGAUGUGAGCGGGUGCUAUAUUCUCCGUCCUUGGGCCUAUUCCAUUUGGGAAGCCAUCAAAGAUUUCUUUGAUGCGGAGAUCAAGAAACUUGGAGUGGAGAACUGCUACUUCCCCAUGUUUGUGGCUCAAGCUGCAUUGGAGAGAGAAAAGACUCACAUUGCUGAUUUUGCCCCCGAGGUUGCUUGGGUUACGAGGUCUGGAAAAACAGAAUUGGCUGAACCAAUAGCAGUUCGUCCUACUAGUGAAACGGUAAUGUAUCCUGCUUACGCAAAAUGGGUCCAGUCGCAUAGGGAUCUGCCUAUCAGACUUAAUCAGUGGUGUAAUGUAGUGCGCUGGGAAUUCAAACAUCCACAGCCUUUCCUGCGCACACGCGAGUUCCUUUGGCAGGAAGGACACAGCGCAUUCGCUACAUAUGACGAAGCAGCGGAGGAGGUCUUGCAGAUACUUGACCUGUAUGCUAAGGUGUAUGAAGAACUCCUGGCAAUUCCUGUUGUGAAGGGAAGAAAGACCGAAAAGGAGAAAUUUGCAGGAGGAGACUAUACUACUACUGUAGAGGCCUUCAUAUCAGCCAGUGGAAGAGCUAUCCAGGGAGCAACAUCCCAUCACCUAGGUCAGAAUUUUUCCAAAAUGUUUGAGAUUAUUUUUGAAGAUCCAAAGACACCGGGGGAGAAACAGUUUGCUUAUCAAAACUCUUGGGGCCUUACAACACGGACUAUUGGGGUAAUGACUAUGGUUCAUGGAGAUAAUAUGGGCUUGGUGCUGCCACCCCGAGUAGCAUCUGUUCAGGUUGUUGUUAUUCCAUGUGGUAUCACAAACUCACUUUCUGAAGAAGACAGAGAGGCCCUGAUAAAGAAGUGCAAUGAGUAUCGGAAACGACUACUCAGUGCUAACGUCCGUGUGCGCGUUGAUUUACGAGACAACUAUUCACCAGGAUGGAAAUUCAAUCACUGGGAACUCAAGGGAGUCCCAAUCAGACUUGAAGUUGGACCACGUGACAUGAAGAACUGUCAGUUUGUAGCAGUUAGAAGAGAUACCGGAGACAAGAUAACAAUUGCUGAAAAUGAGGCAGAGGCUAAACUUAAAACGAUUUUGGAGGAGAUCCAUGUUAACCUUUUCAACAGGGCUUCUGAAGACCUCAAGACCCACAUGGUUGUUGCUAACACUAUGGAAGACUUUCAGAAAGUACUGGAUUCAGGAAAGAUUGCUCAGAUUCCAUUUUGUGGAGAAAUUCACUGUGAGGACUGGAUUAAGAAAACUACAGCCAGGGAUCAAGAUCUUGAGCCUGGCGCCCCAUCCAUGGGAGCGAAAAGUCUCUGCAUCCCCUUCAAACCUCUCUGUCAGCUGCAGCCUGGAGCCAAGUGCAUCUGUGGCAAGAGCCCUGCCAAGCACUACACCUUAUUCGGUCGUAGUUAUUAGUGCCACCGUCGCCUCUCUGAUUUCCGAACCUCUGAACCUUUUUUUUAAAGUACAAGGCUGAAAACCGUCCCACAUACAAACCAGUUUUGUGACUUUUUAGAUGAAAAUUGUAAAGACAAAGCCAUAAGAAACAGUUUAAAAAAAAGUCAGCAUUGUCUCAGUAUAGCAGUGGUAAGGACUUUUCUGUAAACAACUCUAACAAUAAAUAUGUAUUGUGAGCUAUUA